GCCUAAGUGAACAACAGACAAAUGGCCAGAGGGAGGAUCACAGGGUGGUGGUAUUCCCCUACGAUUUACACCGUCUUCAAAGAGAUGUCCUCAGACGAAGAGGAACCAACCAGUCCUGUUCUGCCCAUAGACUCUGAUCGAGGGAGCUCUGUCUCCUCUGAACUUCAGGAUGAGUAUGAGGAGCUCCUCCGCUAUGCUGUGGUCACCCCUAAGCUUGACAGACUCACCAGUGCUCACUUGCAGCGGCUGAGCACCUCACAUCUGUCUGCCGAAGAUACUGCCACUGAAGCUAAAGAUGGAAGGCAUUCGAGGUCAGCACAGGUGUCCCCCUUAAUUGUUGAACCCUCAAGAGCCUCUCAUGCUGAGGAGACGGCGGGUCGGUCAUCUAGCAGGGCGUCAGUGCUUUCGAACACUCCCUCUGACAGGUUACAGGCGGUUUCGGAGAGGUCCAGGCCAAACAGCCCACACCUCUUCGAGUCUGCUGUGACAGAGCUGUUUAUCUCGGAGGAGAACAUAAGUAAGAUGGGGAACAUUCUGGACACGUGGAGCAACAACCUGAAGUCAAAUGUUCUGACUGAGCUCAGGAAGUGGAAGCUGGCCUUCAUGGAGCAACACAAGCUGGAGAUGAGGAAAGAGCGGGAGAGGCAUGCAGCCCAGACAGCUGGCCUGAGGUCAGAGCUAGACAGCUUGAAGGGGCUGCUACACACCUACGAGACUUCCAACCAGAGAAAAGAUGAGGUGAUUGUGAACCUGAGCCAGGUGCUGGAAAAACAAAAAGUAAAACAUGAAAAAAUGAGGGUCUUCACCCACUGGAGAGUCAAGCUCACUGAGGCCAAAGAGGAGGCUCAUGCUGCUCAGGCAGCGCAGCAGCACUACAAUUUGCAGUUGAAGAAAAAGGUGUGGAUCGGCUGGCAGUCUUUGAUCCAGAAACACUGGAAGGUCAAGGUGGAGCGGGCCUGCCGCAAGAGGGCUGAAGAGGUCUGCAACCACCUGUCCACAGAGUAUGAGGCCAAACUGGAAGAGCACUGUGAGGCUAUAACGAAGGCUCAGGCAGAGAUUCAGAGACUGCGACUAGAGCGAGAGCGCUAUGAAGACUCCAUGAAGAAAGCCUUCAUGAGGGGCGUGUGUGCUCUGAACAUGGAGGCUCUGGGCAUGUUCCAAACGACAGAGGGACAGACGGAGAAACCUCCGGAUCAUGAUCAGCACGAUAUUCAGCCUCCCCCGGACGCCGCUACAUUGGCUCAUCUUCAAACACAUCCCAUCUGUUCCACACGGUUCAGCCCAGUCCACUUUGACCGCCCGGACCCUUCCCACAGCGAGGCAGAGGAUAUGAUGGGCUCUGCUGCCCCCGUGUCCAGGGCAGAAGUGAUCCCUCCCACUACAGUUGUGCACAGCUCCCUCCCACUAGGGGGCAUUGCAAGUUCCCACAAACAGGUGAGCGGUCGCGUCGUCACUGCCAGUCAACAAAAAGCGUCAAAGACUGUAACGGCUCGCAUCACUGCACGUACUGACGUCGUUAAGGCUGCGCGCAGCAACCUCCAGGCGAUGGGUGUGGCUCCGCCCAUGAGCUCUGUGAUUGUUGAACGCCAUCAUCCUGUCACACAGCUUACGGUCGGUCAGGCCACGGCUUCUAAGUUUCCACGCCCCUCCCAACAGGGUCAAAGUUCCACGGCAGGCAAAAGCUCCUCCAGAACACACGCCAGCACGUGCCAUGUACACUCCAUCAAAGUAGUUGACUGACCACACGCACACACACACACACACACACACACACACACACAUAGCUCACAGAAAGUGUUGCUUACCUAGUCCGGAUUUAAAAUGCAACACAUCCUAAGCAACAAUCCUAGGAAUUGUUGCCGUGGCAUUAGUGUGAAGUCCGUUUUAUUUUGAUAUCCCUGAGUGAAUUUGCUCUUGCUCGCUGCGUUUGAAGUCAACAUUCAAUUUUAUUCAGUUUCUUAAGCAAUAGUGUUUUUUUUCUCAGGAAAGUACCACACACAUUCAGCUGUUUAGAAAUGCACAUGUAAAUGUUUUUAAUAAUACCAGCUGGACAGAAAUUAGAAUUGCAAAAUGGACAUUUAUUUCUAUGAAAAUGUUUUGCUUUUAAUUAUGCACAAAUGAGAUUGUACUGUAAUGUUUGCAAAUUGCAUAUUUUAAGUAUUUAUUUUAUUGAUGUUUUCUAUUGACACUGACCGUCCAGCACCACAAGGUUGUUUGAUUUACUCAACCAAAGCCAUGUGUUAAUGACAUAAAUACAUUAUUUUACUGCUAACUUCCUGUACAGAUCAGUAUUUGGAAAUGAUGUAAACAUGGAGUUUAUAUCAGUGUAUAUGUUGCAGUGUUCAUCCUCAUGAAAUGCUGCAGCUCUUACUGCUGGAACUCUCCGCCUCCAUCCGAAUCUUAUCUGUAAGACAAAUUAACAUUUCCUGCAAUAAAGUUUUGGCAAAUAU